UUUUUCAUUUUCCUUUCUUUUUAAGCAAAAAAUUAUCUUUCUUUGCUAUUUUCUCUCACCUUUUCCACCAACUCAAAACAAAAAAAAAGCCCUCUUAAUUUUUCAAAAAAAACAAAAAAUCAUUCUUGAUUUCUUCUUCAAAGGUUCAGUUUUUUCAAUCUCUGUAGUUUAAUCUAAUCACAGCAAACAAUGCCAAACUGGGAGCUUAAGAACUGUUGUGAUCACGACCAGAAGCUCUUCAUUGCUUUCGUUGGUGUUUACACCGUUGUCAUCCUCCUGCUAUGGAGGACUUUUCUGCUUACACCGUUUAAGCUCAUUACUGUGUUUCUGCAUGAAGCGAGUCAUGCCAUUGCCUGUUUGCUCACUUGUGGCAAGGUGGAGGGUAUCCAGGUUCAUGGAAACGAGGGCGGGGUGACACAGACGCGUGGUGGAAUAUACUGGGUGAUCUUGCCUGCUGGAUAUCUUGGUUCAUCAUUUUGGGGAAUGGCUUUGAUUCUUGCUUCCACAAACAUUCUCACUGCAAGGAUUGCUGCUGGUUGCUUCCUUGCUGCUCUGGUUAUUGUGCUCUUUGUUGCUAAAAACUGGACACUCCGAGGACUCUGUAUUGGAUUUAUUAUUUUUAUUGCUGUGGUUUGGCUUCUUCAAGAGAAAACCAAAGUCCAUAUUCUUCGCUAUGUCAUUCUCUUCAUUGGUGUGAUGAACAGUUUGUUUUCAGUUUAUGAUAUUUAUGAUGAUUUAAUAUCUAGAAGAGUCAACUCUAGUGAUGCUGAGAAGUUUGCGGAAGUCUGUCCAUGCCCUUGUAAUGGUUUUGGGUGGGGAGUUAUUUGGGGGAUGAUAUCAUUUGUAUUUCUUUGCGCAUCUUUGUACCUUGGACUGGUCAUAUUAUCAUGAGAUAACCAUUCAGCGUAAAGAAUGUAAAGACAUUGACAACUGUUGUAUGAAAUAUUGGGAAAUUAGUAUCCAAGCGGUUCGGUGCUAGCAAGAUCUUGACUCUUUCUAUUUUUAUGCUUUGUAUAUUGAUUUUUUUGUUCUAGACAUGCAUUUUUUUAGUGCUGGGAGUUUGCUAUCUCUAUUUUACUCCCAUGACAUCAUUCUUUGCAGCCUAUAUUUGGGUUGCUUGGUAUAUGAUUGCUAUUGUAUAUGAAACUGGCUCAUGAAUCGAAUUAUUGAUACUGGUUUAUACUCGGUGAAAUACAACUGAGUUCUUUAA